AUGUAUACUGCGACCGAAAACUUUGAUCCUUGGGUUGACGACUUUGCUCUGGCGUUGGUGGGUCUGGUGCAAGCGGCUCCGGGCAAGGAGUUCGCGGCGCCAAUAGUGGCGGACUACCACGAGGAGGUUGGGAUCCCACUGGCCAGGAGGCUGAAGGCGGCUGAAGAAGCUAUGGACUUCGAUGGCGCCAGGCUAGCGGGAGGCACACCUGCCAACCUGGGUGACCAUCCUUACUUUGUCGGACUCGUCAUCACACUGGAAAGCCUUGAACUUUCCGCUUGCGGGUCGACGCUCAUCUCCAACACUCGCGCGGUGACCGCCGCUCACUGCAAACGAACCUCCGCAAAUGCGGGCUCUGAUUUCGAAAUGGUCUUUGGUUCCCUCCUCCUCUUCAGUGGCGGCACCAGGAUCCACAUCACGCAUGAGGAAGUGGAGAUGCACGAGGACUAUAAUUAUAACACCCUUGAGAAUGAUGUUGCUAUACUCAAAUUUGACUGGAUUCCGUAUACUGAUGUCAUCCGACCUAUUGAACUGUACUCUGGUGACGACCUGCUCGUCGGCAGCUGGGCCCAGACUGCUGGCUUCGGAAGGACCGGCGAAACCACACCCAUCACUAUCGACCAGUUCCUGUCCCACACGACCCUCCAGAUCAUCCCCAAUGACGAAUGCCGCACCGCAUAUGGUGCCACCACCGUCCAAGACUUCACCAUCUGCGUGGCCACUGGGCCUACUGGCGCCACGUGCUCAGGAGACUCUGGCGGACCUCUCGUCCUUGACAAUAAGCUGAUCGGUAUCACGUCUUUCGCGUACGCCAUCGAUUGCGAGCAAGGGUUCCCGGGUGGCUUCUCGCGAGUCAGCUACUUCGUGCCUUGGUUCGCGGCUCGAAUGUGAACACGGAUGUAGGAUUACAUUACAAUGGCUUAUAGAUGUUCACUGUAAUUAUUACCUACAAAAAUAUUAAUGUAUUUAUACCUACCUUACACAAAAAAAGCUUAGUUUAAGUUUUAGAGUAAGUGUAUUUUGUAAAUAAGAAUAUGUAUAAUGUGCGCUCAUCGAAUAUUUUUAUAGUUGCAUGAUAAAAUAGUACAUAUUCUCAUGUAAGUGAAUAUGUUCUGUAUUCUUUUGAGAUAAAUAAAGAUCUUU